GAAACUCUUUACGAAACUGGCAAAAUUGAAUCUCUGAACGAAGAAUUUGAGGGAAAAGAGAAAAUCAAGAUGAAGGAGCCGCUGCGUAAAACGAAAGUGGUGAUAAGGCAUCUGCCGCCGUCAGUUACCCAACCGUUUUUCUUUUCUCAAAUCGACGAACGUUUCUCUGAUCGCUACAAUUGGUUCUCCUUCCGCCUCGGCAAGUCCAGCCAUAAACAACAGACUUACUCUCGAGCCUACAUAAACUUCAAGAGACCUGAAGAUGUCUUUGAGUUUGCUGAAUUUUUUGACGGUCAUGUAUUUGUUAAUGAGAAGGGUACUCAAUUUAAGGCCAUUGUUGAAUAUGCUCCUUCACAGCGUGUACCAAAUCCUAGCAGUAAAAAGGAUGGUCGUGAAGGGACCAUUUUCAAAGAUCCUGAUUAUCUGGAAUUUCUCAAAUUGAUUGCAAAACCUGUUGAGAAUCUUCCUAGUGCUGAGAUUCAGUUGGAGAGAAAAGAAGCUGAACAGUCUGGUGCUCCAAAGGAAACUCCUGUUGUUACACCACUAAUGGAAUUUGUGCGUCAGAAGCGAGCUGCCAAGAGUGGAACUCAGGGGUCGAUAACUAUAAGAAAGGUUGGCAGAAAAAUUGCUGCUGCAUCUGCAGGCAAGUCUGGAUCAAGUAGCAAGCGCUCUGAGAAGAAAAAGUAUAUUCUAAAAGACAGUGCAAAAGGUGCAAAAAAGUCCAAUUUUUUUGUAGCAUCCAAGCAAGAGAACCAAUCAGUGACUUCUGUCGCAAAAGAAAUAAGAGAGAAUGGAACUGUCUGUGGCAUUGAUGGUCCUGUGACUGGAAUUACUUUUUCAGCGGACUCUGGCAAGAAAAAGAUCCUUCUCGUGAAACCAAAAGACCGAGAGGCUCCUAAUGUGCCAGAGGGUGUAUCUGAACAGCAGGGUGCAUCGUCUCCUGCAGCAAAUACACCUGGUUCAACUGCUUCAAGACAGGGUCAAAGACGCAAGGCUGGUGGAAAGUUAAUAAGGAGCAUACUUUUGAGAAACGAAGCAGUCCAGCCUCAGCAGAAAAUUCAAGCCACGAGUCCAGACACAGUAAAAAAUCUUCCCCAGCCAACUAAUACACGAAUGGGUAUGAAUGGUCAUGUUCCUAAUGAAAUGCCUGCAUUGAAAUCUGAUGGUGAUACGAACAGAGUUUCAGAUGAUAAGUUCAUCAAAAAGGGACUUCAUGAUUCAGGUUCUGGAAGUGAGAAACAUGCAAAACAAACAAGAAAUAGAGAUAAACCUGAUCGUGGUGUAUGGGCUCCUCGUGCUGAUUUUUCACAGUCUAAUGAGGAGCGUCUGACACCGUUUGUGUUACAAUCAGCACAGUCUUCUCGCAGUUCCAUGGAAGGCUCCAGUCGGCAAUUUGGUCGGGGCCCAGCAGCCCAUACUAUUAAAGAUGAUAGAUCUGUCACAUCAAGUGAGGUCAAGCCUUUCAAAAGAGGAGGUCCUACAAGCUCUGGAGCCCAUGAGAAACAAGUUUGGAUCCAGAAAUCAUCCUCAGGUUCUUAGAGAAUCUAACUUAAACCGGGGUUUUGAAUCACAACCCCUUUGACCCAAUUUCAGGGUUCUCAUCUUCCUCCAUGUUGCAAUGACUUGCAUGCGACACAUCUAUUUGCCUUGUGUUUGCAAUAGUUGUAUUCUCUAGAAUAUGUUCUUGAUUACUCCUUUACCUGGUACUAUAUCUUAUUGGACAACUUUCAAGAGCAAGCAUUGGAGAGCAAUCGGAUGGUUGCUUGCCUGCUCUGAAUUCAGAUGUGGUCUACAUUGGGAAAAGAGGUGUGACUGGAUCAAGUGUAUUGCUGAUAAUCGGUGUUGCUGGAAGGGGAGACUCUGCCGAUGAUCUUGUGGGUUUUUCUCUUUGUUUAUUGUCUUAUUGAAUGAUGCAGUGCAUUGUGUUUUGAAGUUUGCUUGGUCAUAUCUUUUUUAUAUACUUUGUUAAAAAAAGGUCGUAGUAGGGAAGAAAAAGGUCGUAGAUGUUCGAACUCCGAACUUAUUGGAUGAUGCGGUGCGAAGUGGUCAUAAAUUCAUUUUUUUUAUAACACAGGUUGUAUGUAUUCAAUA